UCAUGGGAUACAAAAUGUCUCCUAAGAGUGCUGGCUAAUGCUAAUUUAACGAAAGAUAAUCGCGAAUAAAUAUAUAUGUUACUGUUCUUUUAGCUGUUGACGUGUCAGUGUAUAUAUGUGAUACAUUAGCGGUGUUCUGCUGUGGCCAUGUCAACGAAAGCGGAGUCGAGGGUGUCCAGCUCCAGCUCGAGCUCCAGGACAGAUGAGAGGAAGAGAUCAACGAGUUCAGGCCGAGAAAAAACGAAGCGGAAACGCAGUCGUAGUAGGUCUUCCUCGUCCUCCUCUUCUAGGUCGUCUUCGUCAUCUUCAUCCUCAUCGUCCUCUUCUUCGUCGGGCUCAUCAAACUCAUCCAGCAACAGUCGGAGUAGCUCCAGCAGUAGCGACUCCCACAGUAAAUCCAGAAAGCAGUCUAAGAAAAGUAAAAAGGAGAAACAACACAAAAAACAGAAAGGGAAGAAAGAAAAACGACACAAACGUAAAAAAGACAAGAAAGCAAAAGGAGGAGAGGAAAACGCGGGACCUGUACAGAUCUCCAAGUACUUGAAGGACAAGAAAAAGGGCAAGUACAGCAUGAUUUCAGGGAAGAAGAUAAAGAUGAAAGUAAAGAAGUCAAAGAAAGACAAACAGCGGGAUAAAAAUCGAGCAGAACUUCUUGAUUUCUUGAACUCCACCCUGUGAUGCCACUGUGGACGGCAGUAAUAGUGCUCGGACACGUCGGCAGAACUCAGGAAACAACGACUCAGCUUUCCAGGAGAACAACAAUGAAGAGUUUUCUGAAAAAAAAAUGAUGAUGAAUACAACUUGCAUUGACACGUAGGAAGCAUCGAGCCGGAUGGAGUGAAGGAGCUGUGUUCGGACCACAUGGCACUGUCCAGGUGGUGGAUUAUUCAACUUGGCCUGAUAGCUUUUGUGAUAUGAGAAAUGUUUGUGUCACCAAAAUUUCGAUCCAUAAUUAACUACAUCAGAUGAAGGCCAACGACCAGCUUCUCAACUUAGUUUGCUGUUUGAACGUAUGGUCACCCCUUCAAAAGUGAACUCCAUCGUUUUAUUCCUAUAACAUUGUCGGAUUCACAGUGGACCAGAGAAUUUUUCUUUCUCUUCUCUUUCAUCUUUUUUCUUUCAUGAAUUAUUUUUCAAAACCAGCCGCCCACAUUACCCAAAAUGCAACUUGAAGAGACACAGAGAUCUGGUUCUAACUCCACUCCAACAGAUUUUAAACAUUUCAACCUUAAUCUUCAGCACCGGCCAACUUUGAGUCGGGUGACAUCUCUUGAGUCAAUUUAUCGGACUUCAUGCAGCUCCCUCUGAAGCCACGAAAGACUUCACAGCUUUACUCUCACAUUGGCAGUAGUACUCUCCAACCCCUUUAAACAGACUUUGAUGUGUAAAAUUGAUUCUCCUUAAAAGUGAAAAAUAGUGUUUACCUGCUGGCUCUGUCAAUCAUUCAUGUCAAACGUACUACCUUUUAAGAUUUAAUUUUUUUGUAGAUAACUUACCCUUUAUGUUUCCACAGUAAACGUGAGAGCCAGAGGGUUAUCAGCGUGUACUGAUAUUUCAAUGUGUACAUUUUUUUUUUCAAUUUAUAUGAGAAUCAACUUUGAUGGUAAGUGUAUGGGUUUAUUCAGAACAUUCAUUCCCCCAAAUUCUGUCAUGAACAGUGUUUCAACAUCAGUCAUUUUAUUAAAUUGAAAUAAAUCAA